CCUCUAAACGAACAAACGGUUAGGUCGGUGCAUCAGGAACGCCCUCGACAUCAGGUACAGAAAUACAUAUCAAGACUUGUUAUAUCCUGUAACAAUACUUCAUCCACAAUGUCUGUUCCGUAUUAAGUGGUCAAAAUGUCAACUCUGAAGUUGCUAACAGACAAGGGCGGUAACUCUGUAUACGCAAAUUGUGUAGACGGCCAUUAUUUUCCGCCUUUCACUUUGGAUGUGGAAUAUGCCACCCACUUGGAGAACAUUCAGAAAAUGCACAUCAGGGACGAUGACGUCACCGUAGUGGGCUACGCCAAGUCAGGUACACACUGGGUGUGGGAGGUGGCGGGGAUGUUGCUGGCCGGAAGUACAAACUACAUCCGGGAUAUCAAAGAGAGCCAAUUCCUGGAAGUCAAGGAAGUGGCGGCGCUUGACGCUCUGACGUCACCGAGACUACUCAACACACACAUGGGAUUCAGAUUCCUGCCGUCGGAGAUCGUGACCAAGAGAACCAAGGUCAUUUACCUACUGAGGAACCCUAAGGACGUCGCGGUGUCCCUCUACCAUCACGUGACCGGAAUGAAUCCCGGAGAGAAAUUUGUGUACAACGGGACCUGGGACGACUUCCUGGACGCCUAUCUCCAGGGUAACGUCUGGUUUGGGUCUUGGUUCGACAGUGUCUUAGCCUGGGAGAAGACAGUUACAGCUCUCACGGAAUUACCCGUACUUACUGUGCACUACGAAGCCAUGAAAGCGGAUCCCUUGUCAAAUGUACAACGUCUGUCGGAGUUCCUUGGGGUACAACGUGAUUCCGAGUUCUGCCAAGAAGUGGUGGAAGCAUGCAGUUUUAAGAAACUCAAACAGGCCAAGGACAACGUGAAGGGAAACAAUCUGCGGAACGCAUGGAAACCCGGCACUGAGGGCUUUUACAGGAAAGGGGAAGUGGGAGACUGGAAGAACUGGUUUACCGUGGCCCAGAACGAAAGAUUUAAUGCGUUGUAUGCAGAAAAGAUGAAAAAUUCCAAACUGACAAUUCUGUUUAAAUAAAAAGGACAGUCUGGGCUGGGAAUUCCCAGUCGAUAUUUGAGGAUGAUACAGCUGCGUAAAUCCACUCUGUUAAAAUACGACCCGAUCAUACGUGAAUUAUAUCAACACAGGAACAGAAUCGCGAUUGUUGCUGAGUGUCAUUAUCUUUAAUUGUGAGAAUACGAGUUCAGGCUAAGGCGUUUGGGUGGUCAAGCUUGGUUUAUACAUGUCAUCGAAUUCAAUACGUUGAUCGAUGCCCUCAACAAUAUCCCAGUAUUCCAGACAAGGCAGUGAUAGUGUUAGCAUCUAUCAACGUCUAAGGGGUACGUUGUAUAGUAGGAAUAUGUUUAAUUGGAUUUCUAGUAUAAACAACCUUGACCAGC